CGACAGUCGGUUUAGAAUUAAUAGUAAUUCCCAAUCCAUUUCCCACAUAUCUCUCAUCUGGUGGGAUUUGUAAAAAAUUGCACAUAGGGCAAAAGUUGUCUACCUUAGUGAGGGGUGACCCACCCAGCGGCCAGUGGGAAAAAAAGAACAAUGAGAUGUCGUUUCCCCAUUGCCGAUAAACGGAACAAUAGGAGUGUGAUCGUCAAACGUGAUCCUACUAUUGUUUUCAACUUCAGUAUCAAUAGGAGCUUUCUUUGACCAUAGGGUUAUAUACACGGAUCCGAAAGCUUCUAGGGAGAAUUUCAUGCCCGUCACUUCAGCGACAGGAAAGCAGCGUCGAAAAGUUCGUUUCGCUUCGACCAGUCAAAUACCAGCGGCAAAGUCGAGCAUCGGGCUUAACCAACCGGCAGACAGCCGCCUGCCUUCCACAACGGUUUCACAGGAUCGUCCAAAACAGCAGAGCAAAAUGAGCGAAACUCAAGUACAUCCUGCGAUCCCGGCGCUUUUCAAGGAGCUGCCGAUCAUCCAAGACCCUCUCACCACUGAAACAACUAAAUUGCAAGAAGAAACCGUCAACAAAUGCUUACCAUAUCUGAAAGGUAUCCAUAGCUGUCAGAAGGGCCAGCUCAACCGCUUUGGCGUACCGGCACUUAAUCGUGAUGAUCAUAUCGCCUAUCUAUAUGACUCGCUGGAGGACUAUCCGGCAAGUUUCGUGGCCCUCGAUGCCAGCCGUCCCUGGAUGGUCUACUGGGCCUUAGCGGGCUUAACUCUACUAGAUGAAGAUACCAGUCAAUUCCGUGAACGGAUAAUUACGUCGUUUAGGCCUAUGCAAAAUCCCACUGGUGGGUUUGGAGGAGGACAUGGCCAACUGUCCCACUGCGCACCCACCUAUGCUGCCGUGCUAUCCCUCGCCAUGGUUGGUGGCGAAGAGGCUUUCCAAAUGAUUGAUCGAAAGACCAUGUGGAGAUGGCUCGGAAGGCUGAAGCAGCCCGACGGUGGUUUUAGAGUCUCCGAGGGCGGGGAAGAAGAUGUGAGAGGCGCCUAUUGCGCGAUGGUGAUUCUAUCGCUCCUUAACUUGCCAAAUACUUUGCCACCUGAUGCCGAAGCUCGGAAACAUGGAUUCGAAACGUUCACGAGUGGCCUGUCAGAUUAUCUAUCAAGAUGCCAGACGUUUGAAGGUGGCAUCUCCGGUAGUCCCGGCUCGGAGGCGCAUGGCGCCUACGCUUUUUGCGCUCUGGCAUGCUUAUGCAUUCUAGGCAAACCCGAAGAGACUAUUUCCAGAUGCAUGGAUGUUCCAAUGCUCCUAUCAUGGCUUUCCGCUCGACAGUAUGCCCCGGAAGGAGGAUUCGCUGGACGGACCAAUAAGUUGGUGGAUGGGUGUUACAGCUUUUGGGUGGGAGGCUGUUGGCCGCUGAUCCAGUCUGCAAUUAACGGCACCCAGCCAGCUACAGCUCCUAGUCAGACCUUAACCGGCAACCUUUAUAGCCGUGAAGGCUUGACCAGAUAUAUUCUUGCUUGCUGUCAGGGGAAGAAUGGAGGCCUUCGUGACAAGCCCGGAAAACAUCCAGAUUCGUAUCACACAUGCUAUACACUCACGGGACUUAGCACUGCUCAGUAUCACCACUACCAUACUAAUGCUAGUGCAAGUUCUAGGGGAGAUUACUCCUCGGCGUUUUCCUGGAAGUUCCUUCCUGUCACUACCUCGGAGGAUCACGGAUCAGACAUAAGCGUAUUCGACGAGAAGGACCGGCUCACAGCGCUCCACCCCCUCUAUGUUAUUCCCCAUCAGGCUGCCGAGAAUAUGCGUAUAUGGUGCGAAAAUGCACGUCUUGAGUUAUAGUUGAUGCUGAACAAACGAGAAGAGGACAAGUCAAGGCGAGUGGGGUAUACUACAGGCGAGAUAAGAUCUAUAUGCGAAAUUGUUAUAAGUUUGUAUAGUAGAGAUGUAUGUAGGACUAAAUCUUCCCUUGAAAAUGACACCAUGUCGCACUUUGUCUCCCAGUAAACACGGAAUGUAUGUAGAAGGGACAAGA